AAGCAUCGAUUCUCCCAGAAGCUUCCAAGCGUAGGCAGUGGAAGUAUAAAACAUCGACUAGCUAAUGGCCCACGUUCAGAACUGAUGAAGUAAAACAACAAGCUGUGAUUCGUUUGAAGGCGCGAUUUUUGAAAUUUUUAAAAGUGAAUUUUUUCAUUUGGUUUUGCGAGUUUAAGUUUAAUUUUUGUGUGAAAUUAUGUCGGUUGAGACAUUAAGAAGGGACAUACCGGUGGUAGUGGAUCCUAGCAAAGGCUGCAAGAACGAUUUUGAGCCCAUGGAUUUUAAUGAAUACCAUUGUACUGGUUUCCCGUUCGACAGUUCUAGCCGUCGCACACGAGACCCUCUCGAAGACAUUGCCCAACGGCACCCUGAAUUUGCCCAGCAUCUACAAGGUUUUCCCAGAAGAUCGAAUAGAGCGGGUGGUGACCCAGAUCAGGACGAAUUUUUACGGAGAAGAUUCGAACGACCAUUUUCUAGUGGCAGAUUUGAGCGAUUCGGAUUUCCUUUCGAUCGGGACGAUUUUGAAAGGGAGCCACAACGAUACUACGAAGCAUAUCCCGAGUAUUUUGAGAAUUUCCAAAACCAACAGCCUCAUACACCCCCACAUAAUCAGGCACAAUCGGCACCUCAGCAACAGAGCGCUACGCAAACCUCUCCGUCCACUUACCAACAAUACCCCCCUCAAUAUAGCCAACAGUACCAGCCUCAUUUCAAUCAGCAGCAACAGGAUAAUCAACAUCCGGUAUACCAAACUCAACCCAGUCAGUCGGUGAGUCAAGGAACUCAAACUGAAGAGUCUGAAUCUCCAGAAGAACCCCAAGAACAGACAGCAGAUACGCCCCAGGAGCAUAAAUCUGAAGCUGGACAAACAAGAGGACGUCCAAUUCAGCAAAGUAACACCUGUGAUCUCGCACAGCAUCAACCUCCCGACGAAGCCCUGAAUGAGCGCGGACAGCGGUCUAUGUCUGCACCCCCAGAAAACAAGCGUUUUACGUCCUCGGUAAACAUCCCCAUGGGUAUGAACCAAGAAAACAAUGGGCCUCCAUCUGGAGGGGCUAAAAGCCAGGCGGGAAGCGGUAGCACUGAGAGGGUGAUUCCUAUACAUGUUGAAGGACGCGAUGUUCCAGUUUUGCCCAAGACCUUCGCCGGAUCAACUGCAUCCGCACCACAGUCGCACCAUCAGCAACAGCCUCAACCAGAGCGUGUUUUCAACGACAGUCCCAGAUCUCCCGAGACUAUAUUCGGACGACGACCAGAAGCGUUUACUCAGUUUGUGCACAGGGAGCCUCAUAGGUUUGCCAACGACUGGCCGCACUCUUUUGGAGGUUUCCCUGAAGAAGAAUUCGGAUUCAGACGAAGUGAAAGCCCUAGCAGAUUUGCCGGCGCUAGGCCACAGGCUCCUCAGCAAUCGCAUCAACAGCACCCGACGACACAGCAACAACAGCAGCAACCGCCGAAGCAAGAGCCAGCUCCACAAGUGCCUAAACCCCAAGAGCCGCGGCCUGCUGAGGCGCCUCCAGCGCCUAAACCACAGCCUCAGAAGCAACCUCAAACUCCCAUCGAACAGAUCCAAGCCAUCCAAAAAGACGUAGCUACUCUUUUGAGGCAGGUUGAGGCAUUUAAUGGAGCACCAAGAGACAAAAACUACCUUUACUUAGAUGAGAUGUUGACUAGAAACUUGCUGAAAUUAGACAAUGUAGAAACUCAAGGCCAGGACACCAUAAGAAGUGCCAGGAAAGAAGCAAUUAAAAGCAUAGAGAGGACCAUAAGUCUUCUGGAGGCUAAAGCAGCAGCUAAUGUGGCACCUAAAGAAGAAAAAAUGGAGGUGGAACCAGCUCCAGAAGAAGAAAAAGUGGAUGCAGAUGGGAGUACUCAAGAAGUUAAUGCCAUGGAAAUGUCUUCACCGCCUGCACAAAUCGAACCUAUGGAAGUGGCUGCAGCGUCAGAGGAAGCUGAGCCAAAAAGUGCCGAAGCAGCCGAUGAUUCCAAAAGUGCGAAUGACAAUGUGGCAAAAGCUGAAGAAGUUGUUGAAGAAAAGGAAGUGAGUGAAGAACCUCAAAAGGCUGCUGAUGCCGAACCUCAGUCCAACGCCGAGCCAUUAAAGGUCACUGAAGAGCCUAAGGAAUCAAAUGAGGCCCAAUCAAAACCUGAAGUAAAAGAUGGCGAGAAGAAAGAAAAAAAGAAAAUAAAAAAGAAGGUGAACAAAGAGGAUAAAGAAAAGAAGCAGUCUUAGGGUAAGCCAAUUUUAAACUUGAAAAAUGUUAUUUAGGCAAAAAUUUCAGGGUUCUAGUAGGCAAAUUGCACAAGCCAGUCAAAAUUGGCAAGUUUAUUCACGAUUUGAAAGUUGAUUUCCAAUCAAUGCCUAGUUUGUGCAAACUAUUUUUUUAAUGCUGGAACUCCUUAGAAUUUACUCAGCAGUUUAGCAUUGAGUAUCUCGCUUUUCGACAGAGUAUUACUGAUCUAGAAUAAAUGUUUAUUUUUGAGAUUUUUCACUUAACAGCUUCUAUUCUAUGAGCACUUAAUUGAAUAUUAUAAACUAUAUCCCCGGUUGAACUGUGCGAACGGGUCAUGUUUAUGAGAGACUGACUUUAGCUUGACCGUUAGAGUUAGAUAGAUAAAUAAUAACAUAAACUUGAAGUAUUUAUCUUUUAUUAAAAAAUAAGUAGUUGUUUUCUUUUGUAAAUAUUGUUAUUCUUGCUUGUGAGUUCUACUUUAUUAAAAUCAACAACAGUCAUAUUUGUAUAGUUAAAAUUCAUCAUUCUAAGUGAAUCCUAAGGUGACUGUGAUUUAAUUUGUUGUGUUUAGCUCUUGUAUUUCCAUCUUCCGAGUGAGGUCUUUGCCUGAUGUGUAGUUUUUUCCAAAGUGCCAUUAUGUUCUUUAUGAUAUCUUUUUCAGAAUUUAGAAUUAUAUUGAUACUUUUUUAUUUAUUUGCCACUUCUUUUGUUUUUAUUUGUCAAUAAUAAUUACCUACUCACUUGUGUCCUUUUGUCUGUUUAGUUGAUAUGUCUGUUGAUUUUUGUACAAUGUUUUUGAUUGUGCAAAACUUUGUGUACAAAAUAAAUACAUAGAUUAAA